CUUCGAUAGAUGACGUUCCCAAGAGAGAGGGGAAGAGAGAGCGAGACAGGGAGAGAGAGUAUGGCGACGACCCCAGCGACGAUGGCGAAGGAGGAGAGCCGCGGCAUGCAUGGAGGAGAGAACGGAGGAGAGAACGAGAGGGUGCGAACGGCGGAGAUGCUGAUGAGGGUGGUGCCGAUGGGUCUGUGCGUGGCGGCUCUGGUGAUGAUGCUCAGGAAUUCCGAGUCCAACGACUACGGCUCUCUCUCCUACUCCGACCUCGGCGCUUUCAGGUACUUGGUGCAUGCGAACGGCAUAUGUGCAGGGUAUUCACUUCUCUCGGCUAUUAUAGUGGCCAUGCCUCGUCCUCCAACCAUAUCCAGAGCUUGGACUUUCUUCCUCCUUGACCAGGUCCUCACUUACACAAUACUGGCUGCGGGAGCUGUGUCGACGGAGGUACUGUACCUGGCAUACAAGGGAGAUGUGGCGAUCACAUGGAGCAGGGCGUGCGGGUCGUUUGGAGGGUUCUGUCACAAGGCAACGGCAUCUGUGGCCAUCACUUUGGCGGCGGCGGCUUGUUACAUGGUGCUUUCGCUCGUGUCUUCAUAUAGACUCUUCAGCAGAUUUGAUGCCCCGGUUGCCUGCACUAGCAAAGGCAUUGAAGACCCAGGCUUCCAAGAGUGAAAGCAAAACCUUCUCUGUGGGAGCUCCUUACCGAGGGGUUUUCUCUAUAGCUGUCUAAUAACCAAAGCGACAAGCUAGUAUGUCAUGCAACCAGCUCGAUGUGGCCUUUGGAAUCCAAUUAAGAAAGUCCAUGUUCGUCCUCCGUUUCGGUUUUCUGCUGGUCAAUAAACGUGUAUCGAUGGAGAAGAGCUAAAAUCUUGCGAGCUGA